UAUGGAUAAAAAGAAUAAAGUGAAAUCUAUUGUAAAGUUUGAUGAUGAGAAGUAGCCAGAAUAAGUAAUCUAAGAAGUACAAGAGAUUAAGAAAGAUAAGAAAAAGAAAAAGGAACAAUAAAAGAAGGAAUUAUCAGUUGAAUAAAGACAUGUUACAAUUGCCAUUCCAGAUUCAAUUAUCUCUAAUGCUUAAUCAUCUGAAUUGAGAAGUUAUUUUAUGUCUUAAUUGGCAAGGAUGUUUGCAAUCUUUCAAGUAGAUGAAGUAAUCAUCCUAAGAGAUUAUUCAUAGUAUGUACAUAUAUACAUUUUAGUAUACCAAAAAGUAAAUAAUUUGAUGUGGCAUCAUAUGUUGUAAGAAAUUUAUAAUAUUUGGAAACACCAUAAUAUUUGAGAAAGUACUUGUUUCCAAUUCACUCAGAUUUAAAAAAUGUUGGUCUCAUGAAUCCAAUAGAAUCAAAACAUCAUUUAUUGACAGAAUAGGUAUGUCCCUAUAGAGAAGGUGUUGUUGUUGAAAGACCAAGUAAAGGAGAUACAUCUUGGGUGGAAAUUGGACAAAAAAGAUAAGUCUUAAUUAAUUAUCCAUUGUAACCAGGAACUAGAGUCACAUUAAAAUUAGAUGAUCCUACAUCUACUCAUUUGACUGGUACUCCUGUUUCAAGUUAGGAUGCUAAAAAGGAAGGCUAUUAUUGGGGUUAUACUGUUACUAUAGAGUCCAAAUUUCAUAGGUUAUUAGAUAGAGGUAUAAAAAUAAUGUAUUAUCUUAAGAUGAUUUCGAUAUGAAGAUUUUGAUUGAAACAGAGAAAAGUGAUGAAACUUUAUAGACUACUACUUUUAAUCCAAGAUAAUUAUCAUAAUAACCUUUAAAAUUAUUGUUAUUAUUCUCAGGAUUGUAAAAGAUUACUGAUUUUACAGAAAAUGAUGAAAAAUCAAAAGUAUAUAAUUUAAUAUCACUUUUUAGUUAUCGAAAGAGGAUAUAUAUGGGAAAUUCGAUCAUUUAUAUAGAUAUGGAAAUAAUGAAUAUGGUGUAAAAUAACUUAGAUUAGAGGAAUAAAUGUUUAUGUUUUUGUAAUCAAUUUAAUGAUUAAUCGAAUAUAAAAAAUAUUUGUCGAAAGGGAAGAACUCAAUCAAAGCAUUGGUGAUAUUGAAUUUGCUCGUUCUCUUGAAUAAACAACUAUUGAUUUCAAUACAGUUGAUAACAAUGGUCGUAAUCUUCUUCAUCGUGCUGCUCUUCAAUAAAACCCAAAACUUAUUCGUGAAAUUUUGACUGAAUAUUCAAAAUUGCAAUAGCCCAUGCAUGCUUACAUUAAUUUAAAUGAUAAAUUUGGUAUCAAUGCAGUAUAGAUGUGCUGUUUUGCUAAUUAUAAUGAAAGAGCAGCUUGUUUGGAAUAGUUUCUUGAAGAUGGAGAUUUAAAUAGUUUUAAUCCUCGAACUCUUUGGGCACCAGUUCAUUGGGUUGCUUUCUAUGGAGAUUUGGAAAGCAUGUAGCUUCUCAUAUAAAAAGAAGCUAUACUUUUCAAAACUGACUAUGAAGGUUAUUAUCCAUUAGAUCUGGCGGGACGGAAUAACAAAAAAGUUGUUGCAACUUUAAUAAUUGAAUUCCUCAUUUAGUUCCUUAUUGACUAUGAAAGAUCAAGAGUGUCAUAAAGAGUUAAGAAUUUAGUUUAUGAUAGAUUUUGUGAAUAUGAACGAUACAUUUCAAAUCCAGCUUUAAGAUUGUCUCUUUUUUAUUGGUCAUGUCAUUUCAGAAUAACUAAUCUAGAAAGAUUCACAGCACUCAAUAGAUUCUAUCCAUUAGCUAUAUAUAUGGAUUCAACAGCAUUACACAACUCUAUCAAGAAUUCAAAUAUUGAAGCUUUUCUGUACCUUUUACAUUCAAGUUAAAUUAAACCAUUUUCUUAGGGAAUGCUUUUAUCUCGUAAUGCUACUCCUUAAAAUAAUAGGAUUUUUUCACUUAAAAAGGAAGAAAUGAAAAUUUAUAAAAAAAGAUAUUAAUAAUAUCUUGUGCACUUAGAUGAAUGGGAAUAUGAUUAUUUAAAUAAUUAAAUUUCUUUAUUAGAUCAAGUAGAUAUAUUUGGAAACACUCCUUUACAUAUAGCUGUAUUGUCAAAUAAUAUAGAAAUGAUGAAUUAUUUAAUAUAAUUUGGAUGCAGAAUAGAUAUUUAAAAUAGUGAAUAUUGGACUCCAGUAGAUUUUAGUAAUUCUGAGGAGACACGUGCAAUAUUUAGAGAAAAUGAGAAACUUAAACUAAAAUCAAUUAAAAAUAUAUAAAAUUUUCUAUUUACUUGUAAAUUACCAACAUAAAAAUAUGAUCCAGUUCAUAAACGCAAUUUAUAUUUAUUUUAAGCCAUCAAAGAAAUAGAAGUUGAUAAUCUAUAUUCAAUCAGUUAAGAUCUUAUUAUUCCUGACUUUGUUAUUAAAUGUAAUGCUUAAAAUAUUACAAAAUUAAAUUUUUAGAUUUAAGUUCUUAUUAAUGCUAAAUUUGAAGUAUAUUUAUCAAAAUCCCAUAUUGAUAAUUUUUAUUAUUUGAUGUUAAGAAGUCCAUUGGCAUAAUUAUAAAUGUAAGCUAUGAUUUAAAAGGUUUAAGUAAAAUUAUUGGAUAGUUAUGAUUAUGAACCAUAUGAUUCAAAUGGUCAUUUUGAACCUUUUCGUUCUAUUUAAAGAUAAUCAAUUAUUGAAGAACAUUUGAAUAGGAUUCUAAAUAUAUAGGAAUUAAUAUAAUAGAAAGUAAUUAUAGAUACUUAUCGUAUGCAUUCAUUUGGAGGGACAACUAAAAUUAGAAGAUAAUGGUUAGAAUAAUAGAAAUGGUAUCAUACAUAACCUUUUAAAUAAUUAUAAGAUUAUUUUAAAGAAGGAUAAACUUAGAAUUUUUAAUCAUGUUCAAUUUUGAGAUUAUAUUUUGGAGAAUAAAUUGCAUAUUUUUUUGCAUUUAAAUCUUAUUUAACUUGUUUUAUGAUAUUUGCAGCAAUUCCAGGACUUAUUCUUUAAUUAUAUAUUUUGGCAAUUAAUGAUUUUAAUUCAUUAUUCCUUCCACUUUAUGUAAUAUAUAUGUCAAUAUGGUCAACAAUAACAGUUGAAUUUUGGAAGAGGAAAUAAUGUGAAAUGAAUGCAAGAUGGGGUUUAUUGGAUUAAAUGAAUUAAUAAGAAUUAACAACAAGAUUAGAAUUUUAAGGAGAUGAAUAUAUGAAUCAUAUUACUCAUCAAAUUGAAAAAUACGAAUAGAAAGGACAUUCUACAAUAAUGUUUUUAAUUUCAAUUCCUGUAUUGAUAUUAUUUAGUUCUUUUAUUGUUGGAUUAUUUGUUACUAUUGAUUAUAUCUAAUAGACUUAUACAGAUUCAAGUUAUUAUAAAUUAUUAGUGGGCGUAUUAUAAGGUAUUUGUGUUUCAGUUUUAAAUAUAAUAUAUACAGCAUUAGUUCAUUAUUUUGUUGAAAAAGAGAAUCAUAAAUAUGAAGAACAUUAUGAAAGUUCUUUGAUUUACAAAAAUGUUUUAUUCAAAUUUAUUAAUAGUUAUAUUGCAGUAUUUUAUACAGCCUUUAUUAAAUAAGAUAGUAGUUAUGAAGAGAUAUUCUAUAUUCUUGUACCAGUUUUAGUUAUUAAAUAACUUAGUUACUUAAUAGCUAUAAUGAUGAUUCCAUAAAUUAUUUAUAAAUAUAAAGAAAGUUCUUAUUUUAAAUUGUUUAAAGAGAAAUUGAAUUUAAAAUAAUAUUAAGAUCCAAUAGAUCUAUUAUGGAAAUAAACAACAAAUGUACCACUUAAAUCUUAAAGUAGAGUUGUAAUCAAUCUGACAACUUAACAAAUAUAAUAAAAUAUAGAUAUGGAUAGUGUUGAAUUAAAUGGUCUCAAAUUACCAGCCUACAAGUAUUUAAUGACUAAUUAUUUCAUGGAAACUAUGAUAGAUUUUGGUUUUAUUACUUUAUUUACUGCUGCAUUUCCUAUAGGUUCUACUAUUGCAAUGAUUAUGAAUAUAAUUGAAAUAAGAAUGAAGAUAUACAGUUUUAAUAGUGUAUUUAAAAGACCUUAAGCAUAAAGAGUUGCUGGAAUAGGUGAUUGGAUGUAUAUAUGGGAAUUUUUAAGUUUUAUUGGAGUCUUUACUAAUUAUGCUUUAGUAUUUUUAAAAUAAGGAGAUUAGAUUAAUAAUUAUCUUUUUCCAGAUGGAAGUGUAACACGAACAAAUAUGUUAUGGUUAUUUUUGUUGUUUAUAUUUUUAAAUGUUAUUCUAAAAUAUGUUAUAUAAUGGAUAAUUCCAGAUAAACCUAGUUGGGUUACGGAAUGGGAAGAGGAUUUAAAAAAUAAAAAGAGACAGAAUUCUGAAUUAAAAUAGAAGGAGGAUGAAUGUUAAUAAUUAAUUAAUAGAAUAAGUAGACUUGAAAAGUAGAAUAAUAAAUUGAUAUAGAGAUUGAAUAUGAAUGAAUAAAAUAUGAAUAGUAUAACAAUACCAAAUGAAUCAUUAUUACAAUAGACAACUUAGAAUGAUAGUGGAUCAUAUCUAACUUUAUAUUAUAGAAUGGAGAGAGAUAUUGUAUUAGAGAAAUUAAAUUAGAUAUCAAAGUUAUUGAAAUAAAAAAAAUAACUUUUAAUUGUAUGUGCAGAAUGUUAAAUAAAUGAAGCAGUCAUAUUAUGUUAAUAAUGUAAAAUUCAUUAUUGUAAAUUAUGUUAUAUUGAUUUAUGUUCAUAACAUAAAAUGGAAUAGAUUUCAAAGGGAUAUUAUAAAAUGUUUUAUUAUUCAUUACCAUAAGUUAAUUAAUAAGGAUUAAAAAUUCUUUUUGAUAUUUUAUGUACAUAUUAUGAAAAUAGAUCAUAUGGAACAAGAUUAUUUUUAUAAUCAGAAGAAUUUUGUAUUGAUGAUAAAUAUAUGAUUAAUAAAUUACAUGGUGUUUUAUUUAAGAAAAAUAAGAUAUAAUGGGAUGAAUUUAGUAAAUAUGUUUAACAAUUACAGAAAGGAACAUUUGAAUAAAGAGUACUUUUAAUGUAUGAUUUCAUGGAUGAAGACAAAUAAGGGAUGAUUAGUAAGGAUGAAUUCUAAAAUUAUACAGUAUAUCAUAUGGUAUAGGAUACUAAUUUUAGAGAUAUUCAUAUAAUGUCAUCUGAAAUGGAAGAUAAGAGAGAGUUGAUUAGACAAACAAUUUCAUCAGCUUAACAUUCCCAAUAGAUUAGAGAAUAUUUGAAUGCUUUACUAUAAAUAUGA